AUGCUGCAUGCUGUUCGCGACCGACGGAGAUGGCAGGACAAGGCAAUCUGCCUGAACAGUGCGGAGUUCCGCGAUAGUCAAACUUUGCGGUGGAUGACGAACGCAUACAUGACCGCUCGCUCGGUGACGAUUGACGUUCGUCAGCUGGCCAUGUUGCCAAUGUUUCCGGACAAUUUAUUUCUUCAAUGGCAGGGCAGACGGGUAAUCGGAGGUCCUGGCGCUUUGCACAACAUGGCUGGAUUCGAAAGUGCUCUGCCGCUGAUGGGGCGGGCCACCUUCGACUUGAUUUUGCCGGAGAAUCUCGUUGGCAUGUACAUCGGCCUCCGCGACUGGUCGGAUUGGCGUGCUCAUACACAGGCGUACUACCGUAUCGACAACAUCUUCACGGACGAAGUAACAGUGUCUUUCGGCACCGGGGACAGCCCUCCUCAGCCUCAUCCUGGCCGUGUUCUCGCAUUCCGACCCAAGCAGUCCCAUCGAUUCUCUAUACGGUGGGAUGCCACGGUUUUUGAGUUGUUUGUGGACGGCGUCGGAAUUUCAACUGUUCAACCUGCGCAACAAGGAGGUCCUGAGCUUCCAGAUGCUUUGGCCAAGCUAUUCGUUUGGACAUUCGUUCGGCCAGUUGCAAACAUUGUGCCAGCAAUUCAGUAUCGACCAAUUCCCUCAGCUGUGUCGCGCAGUGCGAACAUCAUGUGCGCAAUUUGCAGUCGCAGUCACACCCUGUUUCUGCCUCGAUGGCACGUUUGCCCUUCCUGCUGCACGUGGGUGUGUUCCGGGCAUGUGCGACAGAAUCGGUGGCGCUUGUGUCCUCGCUGUCCGAAUCGCCUGGAAGACUACGUCGGUGGUGCCUCCAACUUUCAUGCCGGGCAGCUUUCAGAACAGAAUUCGAAUGGUGUCAUGGAUGAUUGGGACUUAUUUUGGGGUGGCAGUGUGUUGGACGAGACACUCUACAAUCUGCCGACAUUUUUUUUCUCCUUCGCGUACCUCAAGAGUCUUGCGUGCGCCUCCAAACGCAUGCUGCAUGCUGUUCGCGACCGACGGCGAUGGCAGGACAAGGCAAUUUGUCUGAACAGUGCAGAGUUUCACGACACUCAAACUUUGCGGUGGAUGAUGGAGGCAUACAUGUCGGCUCGCUCGGUGACGAUUGACGUUCGUCAGCUGGUCAUGUUGCCAAUGUUUCCGAACAAUUUGUUUCUUCAAUGGCAGGGCAGAUGGGUGAUCGGAGGUCCUGGCGCUUUGCAAAACAUGGCUGGAUUUGAAAGUGUUCUGCCGCUCAUGGGAUGCGCCACCUUCGACUUGAUUAUGCCGGAGACUCUCUUUGGCAUGCACAUCGGCGUCCGCGACUGGUCGCAUUGGCGUGCUCGCACACAGGUGUACUGCCGUAUCGACGACGUCUUCACGGACGAAGUCAGAGUGUCUUUCGGCACCGGAGACAGCCCUCCUCAGCCUCAUCCUGGUCGUGUUCUCGCAUUACGACCACAGCAAUCCCAUCGUUUCUCUAUUCGGUGGAAUCCUACGGUUUUUGAGCUGUUUGUGGACGGUGUCGGAAUUUCAAAGGUUCGACCUGCGCAACAAGGAGGUCCUGAACUGCCGGGUUCUUUGGCCAAGCUAUUCGUUUGGACAUUCGUUCGGCCAGUUGCAAACAUCGUGCCAGCAAUUCAAUAUCGACCAAUUCCCUCGGCUGUCUCGCGCAUCGCGAGCAUCACCUGUGCAAUUUGCAGUCGCGCUCACACCUUACUUCUGCCUCGAUGGCACAUGUGCCCUUUCUGCUGCACGUGCGUGUGUUCUGAACAUGUGCGAGACACUCGGUGGCGCUUGUGCCCUAGCUGUCCCAAUCGCCUGGAAGACUACGUCGGUGGUGCUUCCAACUUUGAGGCGCCGUACAUCACGGCUCAUGAUUUCUGGAGUCGACUUGAAGAGCAGCAUGAACAAAGUGACAAGUUUACCUGUGUUGUCUCGAAAAUCCUGAGACAGAAUGCAAACCUGGUGGACAAAAUGCCUUUGGUGCUGCAGCUUCUUCCGGAUCCGCAACAACGAUCUGAGAUGAGUAAGCGUGUCUGGGAGCGUACGCUGUUUCGGGCACGAGCUAUGAUGGGUCUUCUCGAUCAGCGGCAGGAUCUACUCCUUUUCAGGUUUCUGCACGCAGAAGGCGAGCAUCUUUCCAGAAACAGCGCGAAUCCCUUGGAUGGUCUUCCGCAUCCGAAGGAUUUCGAAAGCUUCGAGGAUGUAUGGCGCUGCAUGGCUUUGGAAAGUGGAGUGCAACUGCACCUACAAUUGGUCUCUCAACAGCAGCAGCGAAGCCACGAAGCUUCUCUUCGCAAACACUGGACAGAAGAUCAAGGAGGAGCCCAGAACGUCCAAUCCAUGAGCCACGCGCAAUGGUUUCGGUUGAGUUGCCACCGUGCAGAAGCUCUUCGUCGACGGCAAGAAGGCAUGCGGCAUGAAUCCGCUUCUGCAGUUGCCGACAAUGACCUGCUUUGGCAAAGAAGCUUUAGUCCGUUUUGCUGUCCGACAUACGGACCUAGCACUUCUUUAAUUCGAUUGCCCGCCUUCAGCUUCCGAGACAUCGAACUUCCGACCUUGGACGUCAUUCCUGAUGAUUGGAUGAACUUGCGGUGUCCGGAAGUGCAGUGCAAACUAUUAUCUAACGCCCAUCAGCACACCAGAGACUCUCGCGCUUCCUUCCUUGCGAGCAGUCACACGUACUAUGUUGAUGGAGAAAAGAUUCCUCUGUCUGUGACUGGCUUGGUUCAUCUUUUCGUGGAGGAUUUUGACGCCGACAAGGCGAUUGCCAUGAUGAAGCAGUCUCGUCGUUGGCCAAGACCGGAGUAUUCCGCCAGGGUGGAAGAACGAUUGGAGCCUCUGAGCGAUGAACUGAUCAAGGAAAUGUGGAAACACAAUGGCGUGGAGGCUGCAAACCGAGGCACGUGGAUGCACCUUCAGUUCGAAGUUUUGCUCAACGCCGGCUCUGUCCCUGACAUGUCUGCAGAAGUGGUUGCGAUGCUACAGGCUCGUCGCAGUGCGACAAACUGGCAGGAUGCUUCCGGUGGUUCCUCGCAAGUUGGUGAUGCUUUGUCUAAUUCAUCAUUUGAGAGGCAGAUUGAUGAGGAUAUCGCUAUGCAAGAAGAAGCCUUGCGUCAGCUGGAUCAAGAGAUGCCUGACGUAUCAGGCGGGGAGCCAGGCGACGCUUUGCUUGUCCAAAGAGAAUCGCAAGUGGGGGACGAAGCAGAAGAACAGUCUUUAGCUAUUCAGGCGGCUGUUCCUCCUGCGGCGCUGGAUAACGCAAAGAAGCGGCGACUGCUCCCUGGCGCAUCCUCGACCUCAGCGGAUUUCGAUCACUUGUUUACCGUUGCCACUGAAGCUUGCGAUGCAUCCUUGGCCAAUCGACCUGAGUUGCCUCAUGAUCUUAACUCUGGGUCGAUCCAACUGCAGGCCAAGCGGCAUUUGGACUUUGUGCGAAGGCGGCAUCCAACUUGGGAGGAAGACUUGGUCCGACUGGACGCGGAGGACAAGAGGGUGAUGCCCCCUCCGGACGAUCAUGGCCGGACAAAGCAGCUGAAAUGCUUAGCAAAAUUAUUGCUUAGCAGUGUGCUAAUGUUUACCCAGGCCAACUUUAAUUCCAUCUAUCGGCGUUGCCUGGUUUGGCAGCCCUUGCCGAUAUUCGUGGAUGACACCAACUUCGGCAAGGAUUACGAUGAUCCAGAUGCUGACGGCAUUUUCAAGAAGGAUCCUUCUUUGAGAGCUUGGUUAGAAAGCGGACCUGCCAUCGCCGUGGCCUUAGAACUGCAGCACGGGUUUGAGACCCACUAUUCCAGGGAUGAGUGCUUUCACAUGAUCGAGAACUAUGCCACGAGUGGCCUCACGGAAAAGAAGGUGCGCGAGGCUUGCGGACUGCCUCCGCCCGAGGAUCGCGACGGAAACCCCAUGCGCUCCGAGCUUGUGUGUCAGCUUGAGCAAAGAGAAGCCGCCCAGAAGGAAGAUGAAAUGAAACAAGCUGCCCUUCAACAGGAUCCACUCCUGAAAAGCCUGCAGCGCACUGUGGCAUUCUGUUUGGGCCUGGCCACAUCCAAGCCAGAUGGGGGCAGGAAGCGGCAUCUGACCAAAGUUUGGUGGCAGCGAUUUUCGGCCUCCAAAAUAGGUGCUCCGAAAGAACAGUGGGCUGACCUGGAGAAGGCAGAGUAUCUUCUUCCUGCUGACUCAAAGCCGGACACUGAGCACUUCAUUCCAUUUAUACCCUGCGAAAACAACAUUGAAGACGUUCUGCAGGUGCAGUGCCAGGAAGAGGCUACCAAAAUCAAUGAGUGUUUGAAUGCUGCCAGACUGUGGGAAGUCGUUGAAAGGGAUCCUAGCAGAAGCGCCAAUGCCGAGCUUCUUAACGUCUUUUACACAACGGUCUUGGACAGGCUCAGAAGCGGAAAAGGCAAGAAAACUGUGCAGCAACAACACAGAAUCAGCGAAUGGCUGGGCUUCAAGACGAAACUGGAGAAGCACGAGGAUUGCGCUCGACAGCUAUUGGAGGCGCUUGAGAAAAAAGCCGCUUGGGCAACUUUCUCAAGUCACUGA